AUGCCUGCCGAAUACACCCUCACCAAAGACGCUCCUGCUCCUCUUCCUGGAAUCUACUCCCAAGCUGUCCGAGCUGGAAACUAUGUCUAUACCUCUGGAUCAGUAGGUAUGACCAAGGAAGGUCAGAUGGUCGAAGGUACCGUUCAAGACAGGACCAGACAAGUUAUCCAAAACCUCGAUGCCGUCCUUAAGGGAUCAGGUAUGUCACUCAAAAACGUCGUCAAGGCCAACAUCUACCUCUCAAACCUUUCGAGAGAUUUCAACGCUGUCAACGAGGUCUGGAAGGAACUCAUGCCCGAACCCAAACCUGCUAGAACCUGUGUAGGAGUUGCUGAACUUCCUGCUGGAGGUACCGAUGUUGAAAUUGAAUUUGUUGCCUACGACGGUUAA